GGACGGAAAAAAUAUUGAUUUUUCAAAUAAACAAUACGAACAUCGAUAGCAUCAUCUGGAACCUUCGAAUGUAACAUGGUAAAAAAAAAAAAAAAAACAGGAUCUGUUUUGUUGCCUGAAAACACGCAGCUGUUCCCAAAUUUCUUUGUGAAAGGCAAGCACACAAAUAUUCAUCUUCUUCUUCAACUCUUGAACUUGAAGUAAACCCAAUGCAGCAGCUUAUGUAAAGGGAUACUAAAAAGUUUGCCAAUGGAAAAAGAUCCCAAGUCCUCCAGCCCUUUCUUCUUCAACCUAAUCUUUGUCUUGGUACUAAUCUCAUCCAAUCUUUUAACUUAUUUAAUCACCACAACAUCCUUCUUUUCUCCUACUCUCACUGCCACUACUGAAAAGACUCUAACCAUUACUACUCUGCCCACGAAGGAUGUACCCGAGGAAGAUUUAAUUCCACUUGAACCAUCGAUUGAGACAAAACCAACGCCCGAAAUCGAACUUGCAUCAGAGUUCCAGGCGCUUACAUCUCCUCAGAAACUUCCACUUGGAUUCAACCCGAAUUUCGGUGCAGAUUUCCUGUUACCACCAGUUGGCCGCCCCUGCUCCCAGUUUCCAGAUGAACUUAAUAUGUACAUGUCAUACAAAGUCAAUGGAUCCUGCCCAGACGACGAGCUUCUCGCCCAGAAGCUUCUCUUAAAGGGCUGUGAACCACUCCCAAGACGGCGUUGCCGGCCAGCUGCGGCGGAGGAAUACGCAGAACCUUACCCUGUUCCAGAAAGCUAUUGGACAACACCACCUGAUUCCUCUGUCGUCUGGACCGCGUAUACUUGCAAGAAUUACACUUGUCUGGUUAACCGAAGGCGAAAUCAGAAAGCGUUUGAUGAUUGCAAAGAUUGCUUUGAUCUUCAAGGCCGAGAGAAAGACAGAUGGGUUGGACCAAGCAUAGAAGGCAGCCUUGAUUUCUCCGUUGAUGAAGUGCUGGCAGUGAAGAAGCCCGGAACCAUCAGAAUAGGCCUGGAUAUUGGGGGUGGUGUGGCUACAUUUGCUGUGAGGAUGAAAGAAAGGAACAUCACAAUAGUCACAACUUCCAUCAAUCUGAAUGGCCCUUUCAAUAACUUCAUAGCAUCAAGAGGGGUGAUUCCUCUGUACAUGACCAUUUCACAAAGAUUGCCCUUUUUUGAUAACACAUUGGAUAUUGUUCACUCAAUGCAUGUGUUGAGCAACUGGAUUCCCACCACAUUGAUGCAUUUCUUGUUCUUUGACAUCUAUAGGGUGCUUAGGCCUGGUGGGCUUUUCUGGCUUGACCAUUUCUUCUGUGUCGGUGAUCAGCUAGAACAAGUUUAUAUCCCCCUUAUAGAUAGCAUUGGGUUCAACAAAGUGAAGUGGGUUGUGGGGAAAAAGCUGGACAGAGGGCCGGAGUUGCGGGAGAUGUAUCUUUCAGCUUUGUUGGAGAAACCAUUGAAGAAUUCUUGGUGAAAGCAUAAUUAGCUGCUGCCUCUUAAAUUUUUGUCUGAUUCUGUUUAGUAAUUAGUUCAUUUUCCUCUCACAUUUUUUCUACUUUUUGGAGGAGAACAGUUCUGUUUAGAUCUUAGGAAAUCUAAGGAAAAUCAAGCAAACCACAAAUUAGUGUAACUGAUGACAUAUGCCAAGCGCAGUAUCUAGAUAUUGGAACUUCUUACUUCUUUUUAGUUGCAGUUGUCAUUGUAUGCCAG